GACGUUCACGUGGUGGAUGCCGGCAAACAGAUCUCAAGGAAAGCUGCCGAAAUACAGGAUGCAGCUGAUAUUGUGAAGCUGGCCGAAAAAGUGCGUGAAUCGCACGAUUUCCAAGCAGAAGAGGUAUUACUGGAAGCGGAGCGCGACACGGACCUCCAUAAUGUACCUUGUAAUUUUCAAAAAGUACCCGGUUCAUUGUAUCACUUAUAUCGAAGACCUGAUGGCACUCGCUUCUUCUCGAUCAUUUCACCAGCUGAAUGGGGCGAUUCGAAUAAAAAUCAUCAUAUUGGGACCUUCAGGAAACUCUCAAAAGGUACUGAUUGCUGUUAUUCGAUUCCGUGGUCCAUAAAUUCCCAAGACAGUCCAGGUCAUCGUUGUGGGCUGGUUCUUGGCUGCCUGCAAAUGCUCAAUUAUGAUUUACCAUGCACUGAAUGCGGUAGAAUUGUGAUAAAGCGGAAAAUAACAUUGGAGGCCGAUCGAAGUUGGACGAGGGAGGAGGAUAUGGGCGCGAGAACGGAGGAACUGAACACACUGAAUGAUGUCUUGUCGCAUCAGCAGCAUCUCACUAGCAUAACUGAGAAAUGA